CGGGUCACUCUGCUCCGGUUCGUCUGUUGGAUUCAGCCCAGAGAAAGUCUUCAGGCGGACACUUCCCUGCCUCUUCCAGCUAACCUCCCUCAGAAUGGGUGACUGGAGUGCUCUGGGUCGUCUGCUGGACAAGGUCCAGGCCUACUCGACCGCCGGAGGGAAGGUGUGGCUGUCGGUGCUCUUCAUCUUCAGGAUCCUGGUUCUGGGGACGGCGGUGGAGUCGGCCUGGGGCGACGAGCAGUCGGCCUUCAAAUGUAACACGCAGCAGCCCGGUUGUGAGAACGUCUGCUACGACAAGUCCUUCCCCAUCUCCCACGUUCGCUUCUGGGUGCUGCAGAUCAUCUUUGUGUCGACGCCCACGCUGCUCUACCUGGCUCAUGUCUUCUACCUGAACCGGAAGGAGCAAAAACUCAACCGGAAGGAGGAGGAGCUUAAAGCCGUGCAGAACGACGGCGCCGACGUCGACAUACCGCUGAAGAAGAUCGAGAUGAAAAAGCUGAAAUACGGCAUCGAGGAGCACGGCAAAGUGAAGAUGAAAGGAGCGCUGCUGAGAACUUACAUCGUUAGCAUCUUCUUCAAGUCCAUGUUCGAGGUGGGCUUCCUGGUGAUCCAGUGGUACAUGUACGGCUUCAGCCUGUCAGCCGUCUACACCUGCGAGAGGUCUCCGUGUCCACACAGAGUGGACUGCUUCCUGUCCCGGCCCACCGAGAAGACCGUCUUCAUCAUCUUCAUGCUGGUGGUGUCUCUGGUGUCGCUGCUGCUCAACAUCAUCGAGCUGUUCUACGUCUUCUUCAAGCGGAUCAAGGACCGAGUGAAGGGCAAACAGCAGCCGACACUGUACCCGAGUGGCGGCACGCUAAGCCCCACCCCCAAAGAUCUGUCCUCCACCAAGUACGCCUACUACAACGGCUGCUCGUCGCCCACCGCUCCGCUGUCGCCCAUGUCGCCGCCAGGCUACAAGCUGGCCACCGGGGAGCGGGGAACUGGCUCCUGCCGAAACUAUAAUAAGCAGGCCAACGAGCAGAACUGGGCAAACUACUCCACAGAGCAGAACCGGCUGGGCCAGAACGGGGGAGGAAGCACUAUUUCAAACUCCCACGCACAAGCCUUUGAUUUCCCCGACGACACCCACGAGCAUAAGAAACUGUCCUCGUCAGCGGGACACGAGCUGCAGCCGCUGGCGCUGAUGGACGCCAGGCCCUGCAGCCGGGCCAGCAGCCGCAUGAGCAGCCGGGCCAGGCCGGACGACCUGGACGUCUAAACCGAGGCUCCUCCCUCCACCUCCGCUGGCUGCGGCCGGCGAAUCAGGAAACACUUGAUCACAUGGUUCAUCAGAGGUGGGACUAACCUCAGUCUUCAGUAGAAACUCUUAGUUGGUCAAAGAGACGCUAAACCUGCUCGGUAACACUGUCAAGGUACAACAUCUGUAGCUUUAGUGGCCUUAACCCACCUGUAAGAAACAACACCGGACCAGGACAAGAACCAGAACCAGGUCCAACAGGGACACCCCUUAGAACUAGAUCCAGGUCCAACAGGGACGCACCUUAGAUUUAGAACAAGGUCUAUUAGGGACUCCACUUAGAACGAGUCCAACAGGGAUGCUCCUUAGAACCAGAACCAGGUCCAACAGGGAUGCUCCUUAGAACCUAAACAAGGGUCUAACAGAGAACCUCAUUGGUUCCCUGACUGACUGACUGACUGACUGACUGACUGACUGGGUUUUAACUUGCUGAGGUUCUAUAUUCGGUUCUGUUCUGUUUGUUAGUUCUUUUUCCAGCAGCUUUACAACAGAGUGUCUCCUUUACGGUCCAACAGGUUCUUUAAUAACUGUUCUCCAUUGGUAAGCACUGAUCAGAGGUCCAAACCUGCAAAUCUAAAUCCCCUAAACUAAACUGAUCUAAUCUAAACUAGUCCAAACUAAGUUAAACUAUCUGGUCCAGGUUCGGGAAGCAUCUCCAUGAGAAUCAAGAACGCUGAGUUUGGAUCGAGGAUAAAUUCUGCUGCGUUCAAGUUGGUUUGUCGCCCCAAAGACGUGUUUCUGCAGAACUAAGCUGCAGCUCAGCACAUCACAGCAGGUCCAAUCAGAACCAGUUUUAUCUGUAGCUCGGCUCAUGUUAGGCUGUUGUCACUGCAGGGUGCUGAACGCGUGUUCCAACCAGCAGAACCGUCCCUGUGGAACCUGUUGCCGGGCUGGUUCGGUUCUUCUGAGCAGUCGUGAGCUGCUGCACGGUUCUUAGUGCUGAUUGGUUAGACUCAGAAGACAGAUGCUGAUUGGUUCGACUCCGUCCGGUCACUGCUUGUUCUGGUCUCUGAGUUGAUGUUGGAGCUGUUGGACCUGCAGUGGAACCAGAAACACUGAAAGGUUCCCUUCAGCUCCAGUCUGAACAGCUGAUCUGUUGUUUUUCAGAUUUCAGGACAGGAUUUAAUACAAAUGUGAGAUCUAAAGAUCAACGACUAAUUGAUUAGUCAUCAGCUUUUAAAUUGAUCUCUAUCCACGCUGACCAAUCAGUGGGAGUCAUUUUAAGUUCUGAUUCAGUGGAUGUGUUCUGGGUUCUUCCUCUGUGACACUAAACUGAACGUCUUCGGACUAAACACGACGUUUGAGGAACUCUGAUCCUCAUUUUCUGACGUUUUAGGCCAAACAGCUGAUUGAUUGAUCCAGAAAGCGACGAGUCCUGGUGUGGCGGGUUAUGGGACACUCUGUUCUAAAGCUGGUGAACAGCACACGAUCAGAACCAGCAGGACGGGUCAGGGUUUGUAGAUGGAAAUCUGCGCUGCUCCUACAGUUUGCUGGUGUGUCAGACAUGAUUAAUCCAUUUCUUCUCGUUUCCACUGACGUCACGUUUGAAGUCAGACAGUUUGUGUUGCAGAGCGUCCAUCCCUCCCUGCAGGUGACCUACAGAAGGCUUCAUUACGUUCCUGUUCGUAUUUAUUGCCUGGCAUCAACCACUAAGAGCAACAAUUGACUACUAUCCAGUAUCUCAAAGAAACAUCUUCCAUCAGCUCCCCACAAACUGUGUAUUUAUUGACAGUCUUUCUAUUGUUUCUUGUGUAAGUUUAUCAGUCAGCAUGGACUGUUAUUUCCUGAGAAACUUUGAAUUUGUGUUGCUGUUGUGUUUUCAUUGUGUGUGAACGUGGCAGGAGACGGUUCGGCUGAUCUGUCUGUUUGUGGCUUCAUUCAGAAAGGCUUUAUCAGUGCAUUCGAUGAGCUCUUUCUCCUUCUUCAUCUCCUGAGAGAAACGCAGCAGAGUGAUGAUUUUCGUAUUUGAGUGAGUGAUUUUUUUUGUUCUGUAGGUUUUGUUUUGUCUUUCAGACUCGAUGUAACCGUUGCUGCUUGAGAAAUAGAUAUGUAGUACUGUAAAUCAAGCUAACUGUGUCACAAUAAAAAUGUGAGUUUUUAGAAGACUGCUUAUAGAUCUGGACUAAUAUUUAGUCACUUAUAUGAAAUGUAUGCCGAUGUAGCUCCACCUCUACAAACACUAGAAUCAAUCUCAAUUUGGACUUCUUCUGUUUUUGUUGUAAUGUUUGAACUUGUUUUGUCGGUACUUACAGAUGUCAUGGAUCUUUCGGCUACAAUGGCAUUUGCACUGAGACGUUGGUGAUAGAUAGAGAUGUAAUAUGAUUCACACAGUCAGUGGUUCAAGAGUUUUCUGAUAGACAUGUUACUAAUUUAUUUUAUAACAGAAAUCACUACAGUGCAUAAUAUCAGUGACCGGUUGAGAACGGAGGAGAUCCACUGUUGUACAGUGUCAGUGCAUGAUGGCAAAGAGAACUCAUUCAUUGUAUCUGUGAAAAGCUAUUUUAACCAAUAAAUAUUUUUCUGUCUUAA